GUGUUAAAACGACUAGAAGCAAGAAACCGAUACUCCGCAAAUUGAACAAGCAAAAGAAAGAUGAUUUCUAUGACAAAGUUGAUAUGAAGUCAUUGGAAACAAAAUCGUCGCGAUCAUACCCAAGGGGGGAUGAAUCCUAUAGGCGUCGUUCCGGGACAGAACAUUAUAGAAUAUCUUCUAAUCAACAUAGAUCGAAACGUGGUGCGACUACUUGUACUUGUCUGGAUAAAGGAUAUCAUUAUAACAAUCUUGUGAUGGACACAAAGUUUACCGGAAGCGUAGAAAAAUUGUAUAAUCUCUUGUUUAAUUGCGAUUUUCUUGAGCUAUUCUUGACGAAUAUUGAAAAAUGUUCAGAUAUUAAAUUAGGCGAAUGGAAACCAACACAAAGCAAUGUUCUCCGACGCUCCUCAUCAUAUACGAUGCGUCUUACACAUCCUAUUGGUCCUAAAUCCACCAAAUGCUUCUUUGAGGAUGAAUGCCAACAUUGUGACUAUGAUAACUAUAUAACCAACGUCACUACUACAACAACGCCGGACGUGCCCCAAGGCAACUGCUUUGUCGUUAAAACGCGCUUGUGCAUAAUGUGGGCUGGUGCAAAUGAAGUGCGCGUAAUAGUUACUUGUGGUAUAGAAUGGUCAAAGAAUGCGUUUUUUAAAACACAAAUUGAGCGAGGAGCGGUUGAUGGUCAGCGAGCAUAUUACAAGUCAUUAACAAAAUAUAUACAGAACUUUAUUGCGAUGCAUCCGGGUGAGUUCCAAGAUGACUUAGGUUCACCUGUCCCAGAAAUGGAGCAAGCAGCAUUUGAACAAUCUAAUAUUGAAUCGGUAUUGGCUAUUGAGAACUUGCGCAUUGGUGAUAACACGCAAAGUUCAAUAAUGGAAGAAACAACGUUCCAACACUUUUUCGGUUCCCUAUCGCGGAGCCUACCUUACGAGCUUGCUAGUUAUCUGCAACAAGGUGCAUCUCUCGUCGUCUCUGUUAGCCAACCAGCCAAUAUACUGUCGGCGAAAUCACUAGUCUUCCUCGCAUUCUUUGUGCUUCUAGUUUCGCACGUGCAAAUGUUAUUUCAAUUGCGUGCAAUUAAUAAUCAGAUGAGCCUCGGGGUUUCUAUGCCAGCAAAUCAGGCCGCUUUGGUCGAGUUGCGGAAACGCUGGACAUUCGCAAUGUUAGAUACAUGGUAUGAAAGGGAUGACGAGGCAUUACGAGAAUACUUUGUUAAGAAAUUUGGGGAACUAACCGUAUAA